AUGGGCGCGGCGACUUGGUACGCGAUAGGGAACGUCCUGAGCUCGGUCGCGAUCGUCUUGGUCAACAAGAGAGUGCGCCGCCGCCAUGCUCCGCCACCGCCGCUGCUUCUAGCCUGCAACCUCUUUGAGCUGCCGUCGAGCCCGAUGCCCGAGGCCGACAAGUUCAAGGUCGCCUUUGCGGGCGUCGCCUCCAUCGGCUUCAUGAACGUCUCCCUCUCGCUCAACAGCGUCGGAUUCUACCAGGUCACCAAGCUCACCAUAGUGCCUGUCACGCUGCUGAUCAACUUCUACAUGUACACCGUCUCGACCACGCACAAGGUCAAGCUCUCUCUUCUCAUCCUCCUCGCCGGCGUCGGCAUCGCCACCGUCUCCGACGUCGAUCUGAGGCCGCUCGGCCUGGCCUUUGGCGUCCUCGCCGUCCUCUCCACCGCCAUGUUCCAGAUCUGGCAGGGCACGAAGCAAAAAGAGUACGGUAUGAGCGGCACGCAGCUGCAGUACUCGGUCUCCUUCUACCAGGCCCUCUCCUCCUGCGGCUUAUCCCUCGCCGUCGAGAGCUUCUGCCUCGCGCCGCAGCAGCUCGACGGCAGAGGCGUGCCCGCGCAGCGGCGAACCUCCGCCGUCGCGCCUCGCGCCAGCACCAUCCUCGCGACGUGCUUCCUGGCCCUGCUCGUCAACUGGUGCUCCUUCGGCCUCAUCGGCAAGACGUCCCCCAUCACCUUCCAGGUCGUUGGCCAUGCAAAGACGUGCCUCGUCCUCAUCGGCGGGUACGUCUUCUUCCCCGUCGCGGGGGACGCGCAGCAGCUGUACAACAACAUCGCGGGCGUCACCGUCGCGAUGUUUGGGGUUGUCCUGUAUGGCCACCUCAAGCACGCAAGCAGCGAGGGCAAGCCCGACUGCCUCGACUCGUGCUGCCCCGCGCCAAUCUCACGCUGCCUCGACGUCAAUAAGUACGCCACCGUCUCCCCGUCCGAGACGGAGGGGCUCACGCGCCACGAUCCAGACGACUCCAAGCGAAACACCGGCCCCGACUAA